CACAACUUGGCUUGGGAAAUAGCAUCCUGCUUUUUCCCAUGUGAGAAGUCAGGCAAUACUGCAAAAGUCUGUCUGGAAUCCGCAGCACAGCACACUCCCCUAAAGAGUUCACUUAGCAGGGUAUUAUUUUUAGCGGCUGCACACUGUUGGACUUGGGGCAGGAGUGACCUGCGGUGUUCAAUAGGGUCCCGAACAUUAAGAAGGAGUGUGGGAGGGAGGAGCCACAGAUGUGUAUUUUUAUUUUUGCAUGGAACUACUGUUAGCUUAUGCAGUUAGGAGAACCUGAUAUCUUCAUCUCUGUGGAUCUGUUUACAGCACACAGCGCAGUACUGGCAGCCACUAUGAGAAAGAAGGCAAGAAAGGUUGUGAUCUGAGAAAGGAAAGUGAGUGAAAGCAUUAUAUGUUCAUUGCAGGAAAGAAGGUAAUAGAUUGGAUUCAAAGGAAAGGAAAGGCAAAGUCAACGUAAAGGGGGACUGAAGAAAGCACCAGUUGACCAUGAUACAUAAAUGUAUUAUUCCCAUGUAAGCUGAAGCCAAGCUCAUGAAAGAAAUUCAUCAAAUCCAGUUAGCCACUGGAGCUAUGGAUAGUUUAAACCAUUCAGCACAACACUGAGAAUACCAAUAUGCCCUCAGUCAUGGAGAACGGGGAUGAAGUGACUGGGAACUCAAAUCUUGCCCUGAUUCCAGACCAGAAGAAGUAUGAAAUCUGCCGGCAAAAGGAUUGCUGCGAGCGGGUGGUGAUCAAUGUGUCUGGACUGCGGUUUGAGACCCAAGUCAGGACCCUCAGUCGUUUUCCCAAUACUUUGUUGGGAGACCCAAGGAGAAGAAUACGCUUCUUUGAUCCCUUGAGGAAUGAGUACUUCUUUGACCGAAACCGACCAUGCUUUGACUCAAUACUUUACUUUUAUCAGUCAGGGGGUCGACUUCGCCGGCCGCCCAACAUCCCUUUAGAUGUCUUUAUGGAGGAGCUAUUAUUUUAUCAGCUGGGGGAGGAUGUAAUCAGAAAAUUCCGGGAAGAUGAGGGAUUUUCGAAAGAGGAGGAGAGACUCCUUCCAGAAUGUGAGUUCAUGAAGCAGGUCUGGCUUCUAUUUGAACAUCCAGACAGCUCAUCUGCAGCAAGAAUCAUUGCCAUUAUCUCUGUUAUGGUCAUCCUCAUCUCCAUUGUCAUCUUCUGCUUGGAAACACUACCAGAAUUCAGAGAUGACAGGGAUAUUUCUUUACCGGUACAUCCUCAUCGAGCUAACAGCACACACCAUUUUAAAGAAAAAAACCCCUUCGAGGACCCUUUUUUUAUUGUGGAGACCAUCUGUAUCUGCUGGUUUUCCUUUGAGCUUUCAGUGAGGUUUAUUGCGUGCCCUAGCAAGGCAGCUUUCUUCAAGGACAUAAUGAACAUGAUUGAUUUUGUGGCCAUCAUACCAUAUUUUGUUGCGCUGGGCACUGAACUUGCUCGCAACAAAGGAGUGGGGCAACCUGCAAUGUCUUUGGCCAUCCUCAGGGUUAUCCGUUUGGUCAGAGUCUUCCGUAUCUUUAAACUCUCACGUCACUCUAAGGGUUUGCAGAUCUUGGGACAGACAUUGAAAGCCAGUAUGAGGGAAUUGGGGCUGCUGAUAUUUUUCCUUUUCAUUGGGGUUAUACUCUUCUCCAGCUCAGUCUACUUUGCUGAGGCUGAUCAUGCGGAUACAAAGUUUACAAGUAUCCCUGAAGCAUUUUGGUGGGCUGUGGUCACCAUGACAACAGUAGGUUAUGGUGAUAUGUCACCUGAAACAGUAGGUGGGAAACUGGUUGGGUCUCUUUGUGCCAUUGCCGGUGUGCUGACCAUCUCCUUGCCAGUGCCAGUUAUUGUAUCCAACUUUAGUUAUUUCUACCACCGAGAAACUGAAUGCUCAGAUAUUGGCCAGUACGACCAUGUUGGGUCAUGCCCUAAUGGUCCUCCACAAACCCCAAAGACAAAAGGAAAAGACAAGAGUCCUAUGAUAAGCAAACUUAGAAGUAUAGUCACCAAUUCCAAGGCAGAAUUCCUAGAUGGACUAGGUCCUCCUGAUGACAGACAGUUGGUUCCUGGCCAGCCCUCACAUUUGAUAACGGAAGUGUGACAUUGGAACUCUAACAUGUCUUCACUUAAUGCCGUCUCUUCAACCCUUGUCUUAAAUUAUAAAAUUUACAAUGAAGAGUCAGCCAAAGAACGUUUUCUUUUUCUCUUUGGUUUCCAACAAAGAACACUGUUCAGUGAGACAAUCUCAUCCAGAGAUUGUGCACAUUUUCAUAAUGGAACUUUAAAAAUUGUUGAUUUAUUUAUAAAAAAAAUUGUCACACAGCUGAAGAUAAUUUGUAGUUUUACAAGCAGUAUUAUAGGCACCAAAGAGCCAUGUUGGUGAGACGUGAAGCAAACUUAAGCACCUGCAGAAGGAUAAAUUAUGAUGGACUGAACCUCAAGUGAGUACACUACAUGAUCUGAUAUUGUCUGAGCCAUAAAUGCCCAGUAGAUCUUGCACUUUUUUAUUGGUCAAUAGGAGGCUUUGUACCAACCAGUAAAGGAUGCUCCAUGAAGAUCCCGAAUGGGACAGCUGGCCAUCAAACUGACAUGAAACUAUGAAACUGCAGACAUGUCCUAUUGAAUUACAUGUGCAGAAAAAAAAGCCCGUGGGGAACAGCCAGAGGAGAGAAGACUCAAAUAACAGCAAAUGACUGAAUACAUGUCUGCAAAGGUAAUUCAGGGCCGGAAUGCAGAAUGAGCAAUAAGGUGCCCUUUUAAAAGCACAUUAGUUGCCAAUCCGAACAUUAAAAAUAAAAAGAUAAAAUUAAGACCACGCAUGUUUGGCAUUAAGGUUCUACAGCAAGUUAUCCCAUCGUGACUAGAAGAAUUUUCUAUGAACUUUAAGACUGGAAAGCUGUGCUCUCAAUCAGAUGGAAAAAACAGAGAACGUUAAAAUUUGAGAAAUAAAUACGUUCAGUUUGUUAACAAUAUCAGGGUUUACAGUACGAAUACAAAUAUGAUCUCUAAAAAAACCAAUACAUGGGAAGGGGCAAUUGCUAUCUAUG